AUGCGCCUCAGCUUCUCCUCGGACCAUGUCAGCGAUGUUGUCUUCACAGACGAUCAGAACCGUCAGGUGUACGCGACAACGUCGAGCAUGCUAGUGCGCCGAACGGAGAUUCUCAAGUUCGGCCCGGGAACGGCGAAUCCUUCAAACCUUGCUCUGGUGCACUUUCACAACUGGAGCCCGGAUACCAUCACAUUGCGCGGGCAAGAACUUGCUGCGAAAGAGUACCUCGUCAAACCUUCAUGGCUUUCAAGCCGGAGAGUGUUCACAACCGCAGAUGGCACAACUUUCGAGUGGCAAGAAGAUGGCCUGACAACGUGGAGGGUCUCCUUGCUGAACGGCCCCGAAGUCGGUCGAUCACACUCGCGCUCACUGGGCCUGCUCUCCGAUAGACACCCACCCUAUCUCGAGUUCAGUGACGACCCUCAUGUCUUAAACAGUCUCGACGAGCUCGUGGCUACCUUUGUGUACCUCCGAAUUCGACAAGUGAAGCAAAGACGGAGACGAAACGCGGCUGUCAAUACGUGA